AUGGUAACGCGAGAAGAUGCCGGCAAACCUCGAAAGCUCGUUUUACAUUUGGACGUGAAUAAAGCAAUUUUCAUCGGUGAUUCCAUUACAAAGUCUUUGACACCCGAACAGGCUUUGAAUGAAUAUCUCACUGAUGUAGCUUGGGGGGAGGUUGGCCAAUCUGGAGAGUGGAUCGGUGAUCAUAGCACAUUAUAUGAAAGACAGCCGAAAGAAAACAUGGUCUCCUAUUACAGAUACGCUCAAGCCAAGUAUAGUGGGCAACCAAGAAGCGAGUUUAAAGGCCACAUCCGGAAAUUUACCGAAGAAGAAGUUGGACAGCCAUUCAGACAAUUUUAUGAGAAUAUGAUGGAUGCGCUCAAAUUCCCCGGGAACAUCAGAAGUUGGAAAGGUAACGAUCUCCCUUCUUUUGCAGACCAAAAGGGGAUACAACAUCAUUGUAUUGUGCCAUCCUUCUACAAGCUUUUAGACCAUUUGAUAGAAAGUAAAAGGGAAUUUGCUAUUGUUUUUCGUACUUUUGGUGGAGACGGCCAAGUGGUACUACAAGCAACCAAAGAUUACCUUGAUGGAAGAAAUGCUUUUGUUUGUGCAGGAGAGCCACAGCAAUCCCAUGUAAGUGGGGAUCCUGUGGAUAAUUCAACACACAUGGUGAAUUUUACUGCAGGGAAGGUAAUGCGAUCAAGCAACCAAAUCACUCUGAAAUGUCCAGAAGAUCAUUUGGUGCUUUCAAAUUUCUAUGACAUCUACAAAUAUUUUAGUCAAACACAUGGUGUUAAGUUAUUUGUUGAUGAUUAUGAGUGGUGGAAGUCACAACAUUUUCAUUCGCUAGCAGCAAAGCCCCUGUUUAUUGAUCUUGGUGACAAAUCGGUUCAUCACAUCCUGUUGGAUGAUAAUUUUCGUCCAUGGGAACCUGCGGACAGCAUCAUUAACUUAUUGUUAGCAAAAGAGAGAAGUUUCACUCGUGUAGAUCCCGCAACAUUUGAUAAUGUUUGUGUGUUUAAGACUGAUCUUUACCAGAGUAUUUGCAACAGAAAUUAUUUAAUUGAUAAAAUUGAGUUGUGUGAAAGAAAUUAUAAUAAGAUGAUUUCAGAAAAGAAUGAGUGA